AUGUCUGACCAGAGCACUGAACUGUACAUAGCAGCUUGGCAGGGUCACACAGACGUUGUAAAAGAGCUGUUAACACACAGUGAUAUUGCUGUUAACAAGAGGGGUGAGUUAGGUACACCACUGUACAUAGCAGCUGAUCAGGGUCGCACAGAGGUUGUAAAAGAGCUGUUAACACACCGUGAUAUUGCUGUUAAUAAGGCGGAUGAGUCAAGUACACCACUGUACAGAGCAGCUCAGUGGGGUCACACAGAGGUUGUAAAAGAGCUGUUAUCACAACGUGAUAUUGCUGUUAAUAAGGGGGAUGAGUCAUGUACACCACUGUACAUAGCAGCUCAGCAGGGUCACACAGACGUUGUAAAAGAGCUGUUAUCACACCGUGAUAUUGCUGUUAAUAAGGGGGAUGAGUCAAGUACACCACUGUACAAAGCAGCUAAGAAGGGGCACACAGAGGUUGUAAAAGAGCUGUUAACACACCGUGAUAUUGAUGUUAAUAAGAGGGGUGAGUUAGGUACACCACUGUACAUAGCAGCUGAUCAGGGUCGCACAGAGGUUGUAAAAGAGCUGUUAACACACCGUGAUAUUGCUGUUAAUAAGGUGGAUGCGUCAGGUACACCACUGUCCAUAGCAGCUGAGAAGGGUAACACAGAGGUUGUAAAAGAGCUGUUAAAACACAGUGAUAUUGAUGUUAACUGGGAGGGUAAGUUAGGUACACCACUGUAUGUAGCAGACGAGGAGGGUCACACAGAUGUUGUAAAAGAACUGUUAACACACAGUAAUAUUAAUGUUAAAUUGGAGAAUAAGAAAGGUGAUACUCCUCUCCUGAUAGCUGCUAGGAUGGGUUAUUUGGACAUUGUGAAACAAAUGUGCCAAGUCGAUGGCGUGGAUAAGAACCACGUUAAUAAUUUAGGUUAUACCCCCUUUCUCGCUGCUGCUGAGCAAGGUCAUGCUUAUAUAGUUAAAUACCUUCACGAAUUAGGCUGUGUCAAUAUGGAGCAAGUGGAUAACAACCAGGCAAUAUAUGUGUUCUGUAAAAGUUCAGUCUUCAAAACACUUGUUGACAUCUUCGUAGAUCUACACGAUAAUGACACAAAGAUAUCAAGUUUAUUGAAUGUAUUGUACGUAAGUUUGCAGGCUAACAUCAAAUGUGACUGUGGUGCGGUCGAGUCUCCAGACAGUCCAAAGAAAUCCAAAGAAGCAAAGAAGUCUAAAGAAGCGUUCGAAAAGGACGCUUUUAAAAAGGUUCUUCGAGAAACAUUGGGAGAGGCUGUUUUCGAAAGAUUUUCCGCCCAAAUAGAUAGAAUUUCUGAUGAAAGAUAUGAAGGAGACAUUGACGCAAAACUUGUAGCAAAAUGUAUUGCUAAAACCUAUUUGAAGGAGAACGAUCAAGGAUGCUGCGCUCCCAUAGAAAAUAUUAAAGAGGACAUCGAAAAGUGUCUGUUUUCUGCAUGCAUUAGCAAGUUUUCGCACAAGUGUACUGUUCGAGGAAGCUUUGACUAUUUUACCUGCUUAUUUGCAAUAUUAAUUCAUAUCUCCGACAUUGCUUCUGAUGUUUAUGUAGGCUUCAAAACGCUAAAAGGUUUUUCUUCCAGAUUAGGGAUACUAAUGCUAGUCAUUGUUUUUGUGACGUUGUUCCACGAGAAUAUCCGCUCUUCAAUUUCAACAUUUGCUACUGGGAUAGAGCAACUCCGGACAAAUCUUGGAAAAGUCACAUUUACACCAGAAGAUUGGAAAGGUUCUGAACUAAACUAUGGGCAUGAAUUGUGGGUGCCAUUUAAAUAUCUAGGACGAUUCUUUUGGCCGUUCAAAGUAAUAGGACAUUCAUCAAUAUCAACAUCUGUUAGAGCCGGAUUUUUCAACGUACUCUCGAUAUUUUGGCUCCGUCCAGUUGUUGAUCGUCUGCAAUUUCUCACGCACUCACCUUCUAAAUUACGAGUCAUCUAUAGGCAGCAGGCCAAAGACAAAUCUCUUGCCCAAUACUAUAUGAUAACGGAACAGAUUCCUGAGCUUCUUAUCCAGUUUUACAUUUUUCAGAUCUACUUCAACAUUUUGAGGAAAGAUGGGGACUUCAGAAGCUCUGGAUGUACGGACUAUCAUAGUUUCGAUUACGAUUCAGGGGAUUUUGUGUGUGUCGAAAACCUACUGAGAUUAAACGAUAUGCGCGUCAUGGGUGGAAGUAUAUUCAAUGAUAGUACCGUUUGUGAAGAUUCCCAACAGCGUGAUCGGUUUGGAAGUGAUACUUCGGAAACUCCAUCCAGCAACACCAAAGAUGUCUACUGUUGCUCUCGUGCUAUUGUAUAUAGCUUAUGUUCUGAUGAUCCCUUCUAGACUCUUCCUAUUUGCAGCAGUAAUGCACUCAGUCCCCAAUCACUUCUAUUUUGUUGGAUAUCUUGGACUAAUAACUUUGAUUUGGCUUGUUGUUAAUAAGAUCACGAUAAGUAGAGCAAGCAAGCCUGAGAAAAGACCAAGUUCAAAGGAUAAAGAAGAAGAUCUUACGAUAUUACGACGUAUAGAAAUGGUGACGUAUAGUAUCGGUGAUAUGUGGUCUCUCCUGCUAUUCAGUUUUAGAGAUGUUAUUGUCAUUUCGCUACGUCGACCGAAUGCAUAUCUUAUUUCCCCCUCAGAAGUAGGCUACACAACUUUAAGGACCUGGAAAGAGAUGAUGGUCAUAUCAACCUACAUGUUUGUCGAGGGAGUUAUAGGUGCGGUUUAUGUUGAGAAUAACUACCCCUGCGGUAGGAAUACUGAUAUCUUCAAAUACCAGGGAUGGCUCUACCUAACACUACUAAUUAUUUCAACUACCCUCAUAACUUUGCUUUCUUACAUUUUCCAGGUCAAUAAAACGAACUUUAAAAACUUCCGAAUGAAGUCAGCCUUUAUCUGUGGAUAUGGGUUAAUAAUGUGGUACAUGGCAGGUUCUUUAAUCUCCAGGACAAGAUUUAGCCUGAUGGAGCCGAAAUGGGUGAUCAUCGUAUUAGUGAUCCUGAUGAUUAUCUUUCUUGUAGCAGCUAUAUUGUUUAAGACAGUUUAGCGAAGCAAAGCUUCCGAAAAAUGGGCAGUAUGAAGAACAAGCUUCCGCCUGCUGUCCAAUCUCUUAUUUCAAAAAGUCUUGCUUUAAAUCUAUCUGUUGCAGAUGUAAGACUACUUCUGAUCCCUUGUC